GAGAGAGAGAGAGAAAGCGAGCUCUGUCGCCACAAGGUUUUUCUCUCUAAUCCUCUAAUGUCUCCUCCUUCUGGCUUGGCAGAUCUUCCCUGGUGCUGAAGGAUGGCCGCUGCCCAAGUACCUGGGCUCCUGUGGGAGAUUCCUUGUCAGCACCAGCACCAGACCGCUGCAGGAGUUCUAUGGUGCACCCCCAGACCAGGCAGCUGACAUCGCCUACCAGCUCCUCGGUGUCCUGGAGUCUCUGAGAAGCAACGAUUUGAACUAUUUCUUCUACUUCACCCAUGUUGAUGCAGGCAUGUUCGGCAUCUUUAACAACGGGCAUCUGUUCAUCCGGGAUGCCAGUGCACUGGGCGUCAUCGACAAGCAGGAAGGCAGCCUAGCAGCCACCAGGGCAGGAGAAACUAAAGAUAUUUUUAGCUGCCUGGUUUCUGGCUGCCAGACACAGUUACCCUCCUGCGACACCAUCCCUGAGAAGCAGAGCCUGGUGUUGGCGUGUCAGCAGUUGCUGCCUCGACUUCUCCAGGGGAGAUUCCCAUCCCUGGUGCAAGAGGAGAUCGACUCCGCUCUCGCUCAGUGUGGAGAGGCCACCGGCCCAGACUCAGAAGUCCUUGGGGCUGCCAGCAGGCUGAAGGACAUCUUGAGACCCCUGAGAACCUGUGACCCCAGAUUUUCCUACCGCUACCCAGACUGCAAAUAUAAUGAGAAGUUCUGAGAGGCUGGAGCCUAGCUGGCCUCGGGAGACCACACACUUGGCGCUCUAUUCCCACGUUUGAGUUACUGCGAGGCUGAAAGCUGCAGCUCUUUUUUAAACAUUAGGAGAAAUGCACAUUCGUUUCCCAGGGACUGAGGGGAGCUGUGUGAUGCCCUGUGAUUGCCCCUGAUGGUUGGGACAUCCUGG